GCCGAAUUCUUUAGCCGUUUUAACUUCCGUAUUACCUAUAAGAAAGGCCCGGAGAAUAUAAGACCGGAUACUUUAAGUAGAAAACUAAAAAAUAAACCACGAGACAAGGACAAUAAGAGGCUCCUAACUAAAAAAAAACCUCUUAUCGACCCAGAAUACUUUAAU